CGGUCAUUAUAUAGCUGGCAGCUUGGCUCCACCAUUAACCUCCUCCUCUAAUACUUCGUCUUUCCGAAUCCAAAGACUCAAAAUUUUCAAAUUCCAAAAUCCCUAAAAAAAAAAAGAAAAAGAAAAAAAAGCUCCAAACAACAACAACAAUGGCAGCAACAACAGCAAGAGACGAGAACGUAUACAUGGCGAAACUCGCCGAACAAGCCGAGCGCUACGAAGAGAUGGUAGAGUUCAUGGAGAAGGUCGUUUCAGCCGCUUGCGAAGGCGAAGAACUCACAAUCGAGGAACGAAACCUCCUCUCCGUCGCCUACAAAAACGUUAUCGGAGCUCGCCGUGCUUCAUGGAGGAUCGUAUCGUCGAUCGAACAGAAGGAGGAGAGCCGUGGAAACGAAGAUCAUGUUUCCACCAUUAGAGGUUACAGAUCUAAGAUUGAAUCUGAGCUUUCGAAUAUCUGUGAAGGUAUUUUGAAGCUUCUUGAAUCUAAGCUUGUUCCUGUUGCUACAAAUGCCGAUUCGAAGGUGUUUUAUCUCAAAAUGAAAGGUGAUUAUUAUCGUUAUUUGGCUGAGUUUAAGACUGGAUCUGAGAGGAAGGAGGCUGCUGAGAAUACUCUCUCUGCUUACAAAGCUGCUCAGGACAUUGCAAAUGCUGACUUGCCUCCAACACACCCCAUUCGUCUUGGUCUUGCGCUUAACUUCUCAGUCUUCUACUACGAGAUUCUCAACUCCCCUGACCGUGCCUGCAACUUGGCUAAACAGGCCUUUGAUGAAGCGAUAGCCGAGUUGGACACACUCGGGGAAGAUUCCUACAAAGACAGCACUCUGAUAAUGCAGCUUCUCCGCGAUAACCUGACUUUGUGGACUUCCGACAUGCAGGAGGACGGAGCUGAUGAGAUCAAAGAGGCCGCAUCCAACAAGCAGGACGAAGAAAAGUGAAAACCUCGUUAUUUAGAAUUAGGAUUUGCCUUUUGAUUUUGCGAUGGUUUUUAUUUUUAUUUUUAAGAAAAACAAAAUUGAAGGUGCUGCCUGAAUAUUUGACAGUUCCUAGCUGUUAUAUUUGAUUCUUAUUUCUGAGUUAUAUUGAACAAUAUUAUCUUGUUUUAACCA